GUCGAAUUAGCAGAGGUCCCAAUUCCUGUGUCCCCACCCCCCUAAGAGGCAGUCUCUGCCUCCACCCUUCUGGGGCAGGAAAGGACGCCUUUUGCACUUCUGUAAAGGGAAGGGGGGUAAGAACUCUACCUUCACACUGGGAGGACCAGCCCGGGCAUACCUGUAGCUCCUGAGGUCCCAUUGGGUUCGAGGACAAGUGUCACCUUUUUGGAGCAAAAGAUGUGUUGGAACACGCUGCUGCUUCUGCUGUUGUGUUAUGAUGCUCAGGCGGCGGUGUCCCACAGGUGGAGCAGGGCCACGCUCUUCCCUGCUGCGCAUCGGCCAAAGAGAUCCUCAUCCAUGCCCCUGAAUCCCGUCCUGCAGAGCUCCCUGGAGGAAGUAGAACUGCUCUACGAGUUCCUGCUAGCUGAACUUGACAUCAGCCCUGACCUGAAGAUCUCCAUCAAGGACGAGGAGCUCUCCUCGUUGAGGAAAGCCUCCGACUUCCGCACCAUCUGCAAUGACGUGAUCCCCAAGCGCAUCCCGGACAUCCGCCGGCUGAGCGCCAGCCUCUCCAGCCACCCUGGCAUCCUCAAGAAAGAGGACUUUGAAAGGACAGCGCUGACCCUGGCCUACACGGCCUACCGCGCCGCCCUGUCCCAAGGGCAUCAGAAGGACAUCUGGGCCCAAUCCCUCCUUAGCCUCUUCCAGGCCCUGAGGCAUGAUUUGAUGCGGUCCUCAGGCCCCAGAGUGUCUCCCUGAGAGCCCGGCCCACGGCCACGGAGCAGGGACCAGCACACGCGGUAAUCCAAACACUCUUCAUUCUCUACUCCAUUUACAGAGCCCUGCAACAAAGCACAUGCCACCAACUCAGAGUAGCAGAGAUAAAAUAAGUAACCCCAUGUCCUCUGCCCCUCGUAGUUCCCUGACAAGCACAUCUAAUUCUGUCACGGUGUGACCAGGGCUGCAAGAAAGGGCUAGCGUGGUCAUUCAAGAUGCCUCCAAAGGCCACCUGAUUUGCCUGGUGACGUGCUGCAUCACCGAGUGACCGCCAUAAACACCCGAGGGCGAAGACAGAGCUAGAGGAGACGGCGCAGAGGUUUGGGCAUUGCGGGAAGAUGGGGGGACAGAGAUCAGGGCGUGAGGCCGAAUGAACAUCAUUCCAAAGGUUCCACAUAGUUAAGAUACUUAAAACGAAAAGCUGGAGCUAUAGCAAAUAAACACUUUGUUAGCCAAAGAUCCACGUGUCAACUUUUCCAAAAGUUACCAAGAAGCAUCAGCCAGAAAAUCAGUAAUGUUAUGGCCUCUCUGUCUUGUCUCUGCUUCUCCGAAAGCGGAUCUAAUACAGAGGAGAAACACGAUGGGGGCCCACAGAGAGGCUGCAAACUGUCUGACCUCGUCUUCUGAACAGAGAAAGCACGCUGAUGCAGAGAGGAUCAUCCUAGGAAGAGCUCCAAAACUGAGAGCUCCAAAUACAAAUGAUUUUUUUUUUAAUUUUUUUUUCAAUGUUUAUUUAUUUUUGGGACAGAGAGAGACAGAGCAUGAACGGGGGAGGGGCAGAGAGAGAGGGAGACACAGAAUCGGAAGC